CUUGUGCCCCCUCCCUCCCAGAGAGUGAGACACUGAGUCAGACGCCUUUACCAGCGGCUGCCGAGCUAACUGAGGCUGAGGCGGCAGGGGGCCAGGUCCAUGGACUCCCACCAAGUGCUACUGGCUACUGCGUACCUGCUGGGAACACUGGGUGAGUCCCUACCAGUUGCUUUCUGCCAUGGACAGUCCCGAUGGGAUGACUCAGGUCCCCAGGUGUCACUAAGUGGUACCAACUCCAAGUGCCAGGGUAAACUGGAGGUCCAGAUGGGAAGCCAGAGGAGCACUGUGUGCAGUUCCAGUUGGAGCCGGAGCCAGGACCACUGGAGAAACCCCCAUGAGGCCGAUAGAGUGUGCCAGAAGCUGGGAUGUGGUUAUCUCUUGACCCACGGCCACUUCCCUCGACUGGACAGAUCCCAGAACCAGAUCCUCUGUCACGGACCCCUGUUGUCUUUCUCCAACUGCAGCACAAAUUCACCAGUCGGGUGCCCUCCACUAAGCCUGAUCUGCCAAGAGCCCCAUAUGACAACACCUCCACCCACAACCACCCCGCCCACCACCAUGCCAGAGCCCACAGCUCCUCCCAGAUUGCGGCUGGUGCCAGGACCCAAGGGCCUGACGUGCUCAGGUGUGGUGGAAUUCUACAAUGGCAGCAGAGGUGGCACUGUCCUCUACGAGGCCAAGGAUAGGCCCCUGGGCCUGGGAAGCCUCAUCUGUAACACUCUGCAGUGCGGAUCUUUCUUGACAUAUCUGCCGGGGCCUGAGGCAGCAGAGACACCAGCUCCUGAAGAGCUGAAGAACCCCAAGCCCUUGCCAAUUCGAUGGGAGGUACAGAACGGGAGCUGUGACUCCAUGCAGCGAUGCUUCCAGAAAACGAGGCCCCAGGAGGGCGCCCAGGCGCUAUCAGUCAUCUGCUCCGAUUUCCAGCCCAAGGUUCAGAGCCGCCUGGUAGGGGGCAGCAGCUUGUGUGAGGGCAUCGCCGAAGUGCGCCAGGGAUCACAAUGGGCCACCCUGUGUGACAGUACUGUGGCCAGGGGUCGGGCACGGUGGGACCAGCUGUGUCAGGAGCAGCACUGUGGCGACCUCAUCUCCUUCCAUGCGCUGGAUGCUGACAGGACCUCCACCGGGCUCAUCUGUACCCAGGAGAAACUGUCUCUGUGUUACCAGCUUCAGAAAAAAACCAACUGCAAGAGGGUGUUCGUCACAUGCCAAAACCCAAACCCAGCAGGCCUGGCCCCCGGCACUGUGGCAAGCAUCAUCCUGACCCUUGUACUCCUGGUGGUGCUGUUGGUAAUGUGCGGGCCUCUGAUCUACAAGAAGCUGGUGAAGAAAUUCCGUCAGAAGAAGCAGCGUCAGUGGAUUGGUCCCACCGGAGUGAACCAGAGCAUGUCUUUCCAUCGCAGCCACACAGCAACUGUAAGGUCCCAGGUUGAGAACCCAGUGGCCUCUCAUGUGGACAACGAAUACAGCCAGCCUCCCAGGAACUCCCACCUGUCCGCUUAUCCAGCUCUGGAAAGGGCCCUACACCGUUCUUCCACCCAGCCUGACAACUCCUCUGACAGUGACUAUGACCUGCAAGUGGCUCAGAGACUGUAAAAGAACUUGGAACCAGCAACAAAAGGCCAAGGAGUUCCCUCUGUCCUGAGGAAGUGUUUACCACUUGGAGUGCCACCCGUAUUUCCUCCUCAGCCUCCUCAGAACUCAGGGGCCAAGGUCCUUCGGAAAAGAUCCUGGGCCCUGCAGUGGCAGGCCAGCACCUAUAUUCCCUAGGGCCAUGACAGCUUGGCUGCCUCCUCCAAGAGCCAACACUCAACAGCCCCUAGACCCACCCACCCUUCCAAGCAGAGACUGCAGUAUCCAGAGGGGUUCCCACCCUUUGUGGACCAGUGAUCGGCGGGGUCAGCUUUCUCCUUGGACUCUGAUGCCACAAAAGAAUGAUGAGGCAGUGAACAGCCGCAUGGGAGUUUAUUUCUCAAGUGUAUUUUUAAUAUAUUCUUUGUAAAUAGUAUUUUCUCCUACUUCCCAA